UUGUUAUUGUUAUUCCCUCUAUCUCGUGUGUCCAAUAAAGCAUGCUUCGCCGUCACACACAGAUACACGUUGUUGUUCUCACCAACCAAAAACUCCUCUCUGCCCACUAAUUCCAAUUCAUUCACCACCACCAUGGGUGCGUAGGAUAAGCCACUGCACACGAUAGUAUCAUCAUUCAUCCACUACUACACUACGCACUACCAUUCAACCGCCAACAAUCCAUGCUCAGAGGUGUGCUCUGCGCCACACGUCCCAAGCCUUGGAUCCUCUCCGCCGCCAUCCUUCAUGCAUCUCUCCACCACUCCUCCGCUCGUCUCCUCCAUGCUCCGCCGCUUUUUCCCCAACUCCUCCGACGAACAGACACCCGUAGACACCACUCCAGUGCCUGCAAUCAUGGCGGAGAUUUCGGCGGCGGAGGUGCGGCUUCGAUAUGGCAUGCAAUCAUGCCUUGUGGUGGCGGAGCCGGAAGUGGCAAGAAGCUCCGACAUCGCGGCGUGGUGGCGGUGCACCACCACGACCACGAGCUGAAGGGCGAGGGAUCUUGGAACGUCGCGUGGGACGCGCGGCCUGCCAGGUGGCUCCACCGUCCCGAUUCGGCGUGGCUCCUGUUCGGUGUCUGUGCUUGCCUUGCCCCACCGGUUUCCUCUGUCGCCGAUCUCGAGGCUACGCCGCCGGCGACUGCGACUGUGGUUAAUCGCGACAUGAAUACCGAGGGACAGGGAGUGAAGGUGGAUGGACUCUCUUCUGAUUACAGAGUCACUGGCGUGCUUGCUGAUGGCCGAUGUCUAUUUAGAGCCAUAGCUCAUGGAGCUUGUUUGAGAAAUGGGGAAGCAGCACCUGACGAGAGGCGCCAAAGGGAACUUGCCGACGAACUGAGAGCUCAGGUGGUAGAAGAGUUGAUGAAGAGACGCGAGGAAACUGAAUGGUUUAUAGAAGGGGACUUUGAUACAUAUGUAAAGAGAAUUCAGCAGCCUUAUGUAUGGGGCGGGGAACCUGAGUUGUUGAUGGCUUCUCAUGUUUUGAAGACACCUAUCUCAGUCUUCAUGAGGGACACAAGCUCUCUUAGUUUGGUAAACAUAGCUAAAUAUGGGGAAGAAUACAGGAAUGAGAAGGAUAUGUGUAUUAAUGUGUUGUUUCAUGGGUAUGGCCACUAUGACAUAUUGGAGACUUUAUCAACCGAGAGUUGCCUGGAAUCAAGUGCAUAGAAGUUGAUGGUAUUAGGAAUACACGAUGUUGCAAUUAAGACUUGUCUAGCCAUUUUUCAUUUUCAAAGAAUUUCUAAUGAAUUCAGUAGCUUAUUGAGAUUGUAUUUACAAGAGACUUGGAUCCAAGCAACAGGCUUGUGCAAUUUUUGUAACUUCUUUAGAUGUUUGAAAUUCGACGCAAUAAUUUUUAUAUAACGGAAAAAAAACGAAAAAUAA